UGCGCUGUGAUAUUUGCUAUGAGCAAUAUGAAUAUAAAAAAAAUACUGUGGUUUUUAUUAUUAUAUGGGAAUAUGGUCAGUGCCGAAAAAUUGAAUGCCACUUUUAUAUCCACCGAUGAAAUGUGUUUAACAAACAGUAAAUUCGCAAUGGUUAAUAUUUUUCCAAUUGAUUCCAAGCAAGAUUACAACAGCAUUUACUUAAAAAAUAAUAUAACUUUAUGUGGAAAAUAUUGCUUUCCCGAUGAAAAUUGGCAAGUUGUUGAUAGUUUAGAAAAGUUUCCUAAUUUUACAGAAUUAAUUAAAGAUAAAAGAUGGGAAGAUUUCCCAACAAUCCUGGUAGAAGAUGGUCAUUUGGUUGGAAAUAAGAAAAGGCUUCUUCCUAUAAAUCUAAAUUUAAGUAUUCCUUCGGAAGAUUUUGUUCUUCCUCUUUCUGUUCGAUCUAUGGAAUCCCAUAUUUUUAUUUGUGAUGGUAUGCAUAUCGAAAAUUCUGAAUGUAUAUGGUUUAUAAUAAACGGUUGGGGGGGAACAAAAUCUGGUAUAAGAUAUUGUGGGAGAAACACUAUUGACUUAACAAUAAAUAAAUACCCAACUGGAGAUUGUGGGUAUCUAAGGUUUGAAGAUAAUCGUAAUACCUCUAUCAUGAAUAAUGGUAGUUGGUCCCACUUACUUUUAACUAAAAAAAAUGAUACAUGGAGUCUAUUAUUUAAGGAAAUAAGUCUUAAGUUGGUGAACAACCAUAAAUCCCUUAAAUAUAUAUUUCUUGUAAACAAUCGUGGCCAUGGAAUAUGGAAAAUACAUAAUUUAAAACAUUACUCCUCAAAGAAGACACAACCCAAAAAAAUAAAAAUACCCCCAAGUACUACUUGCAUUUCAACUUUCAUAAAAAUGUGUUCAAAAUGCAAAAUUGUUUUUUAUUUCGAGGGAAAAGAAAAAUCUCCACAAAUAUUUCAGAACACAGAAUGGAUUGAAAUAAAACUAAAGUUGGCAAAAAGAAAUCAAGAAACAUAUUUAUACAUAAAGCCAGUAAUAAAUACUAAUCAAGAAAAGCAAUUUUGGCACAUUGACGAUAUUCAAGAUUGUAGUAAACAAGAAUUAAGACAAGUGGCUACAAAAAAUGGUUGUUGCGAAUUGUUUACAAAUAGUGAAAAAUCAUUUUUAAUUGAUUCAAGUAGUGAACCAACCGUAAAUGACUUAAAAAAGUCACGCCCUUUAAACUAUUUUGGCCUAAAUAGUUCCGUAGAAACAAAAUACUAUGACGUGAAUAAAUAUUGCGAAUUUAAUGACCAGGAGCAAAUUGAAUGUUUUUGUAUGCCAAAUUAUACUGGAAAAAAUUGUGCAUUUUCCUACAAAAUUAAUAUUUUAAAUUUAACCCAGAAUUUUGUAAAUAUAUCGGUAACCCGUAGAAAAAGUGAUAACAUAACACUGGUUUUAAAGGAUACAAAUGGCCAGGAAUUUAAUCUAACUAAGCAUUUGAAUUAUUUUGAAUCAAAAGAUUUAAACCCUAACACAAUCUAUGUAGCCAAAUUAUGGUAUGGCACUGGAACUUUAAAUCAAUUCUUUGGAACUCCUUGUUUAGAUAUUGCUGAAAAUCAAAUUUUGAUUAAACCUUCGAAUACAUCAGCUAUUUUUGAAUUUAAGAAUUUAACUUCAUACAAUUGUAUUCACACCAUGUACAAUAUAACCAUAAAUGUUUCAAAUUCGAAGGUUAUCCCAGAAGUAUGUAUGGAUCUUUUAAAACCAAACACUGAAUAUAAAAUUACUUUAAGCAGGAAAAAUAUUAAUAUAAAUAAAGGAUUUAAAACUCUUGAAGGAGUUCCUGAAAAACCUGUGAAUAUUACAUGCACAUGGAUAAGAAAUAAACUAACACUGUCAUGGAGACGUCCAAAUGAAACACAUGGGAAUUUAAAAAAGGUCAAAUAUAAAAUAAACAAUACAGAAAAAGAAUGCAACAUCACUACAAAUACUUUACAACAUUAUAUGGAUUUUGAUAUGCAAAACUAUUCCAUGGAAUAUGGCGAAGAAUAUGAUUACGAAAUAACAAUUUUUAAUUCAAUGCACAGUUCAGAGACUGUAAUAGUCAAAGAUGCAAGCCCACCAAAGUUACCUUAUUUUUGGAAAAAUGAUUUCCAGAAAGAAAAAAUUGAAAAAGGAAUCCUGUUAACCAUCCCAUAUGUAAUUAAAAAUUGUAAACCAUGUGAAACAUACCUUCAAAUUGAUUUGUUAAAACCAAAAAAUGGAUCUUUGAUGAAAACUAAAAAACAUUUAUUUAUUGCAAAUAAAGUUAAAAAAAUUUACAUAGGAGAAAAUUUAAGUUUUAAUGAUAAUCCUGAAAUAAUUUUUACCAAAUAUAAAUUUCUCAGCAAUGAAAUAUAUAAAGUAAAUCUUUAUUUGGAGAAUGUUUAUAAAAAUAGAUCGAAUGAUCAGAAGUAUACGAUUUUGGUUGAAGAUUUUGUAAUAGUAGAAAAUAAAAAUCUAUAUUUUUUACUUAUUUUAAUUCCAGUUUGUGGUUUGGUAGCAUUUUUAUACUUAUUAAAAAGGACAAAAGUAAUGGGACGCACAAAUAAUUGCAGACAAAUCGAAAAUUUGCAAGAUACAGAUAUGGCCAAUUAUCUCGAACAUAGCAACCUUCUACGGAAACCUGUGGUUAAAAUAAAACCGUUUGUUUUGGAUUCCUCUCAUUCAAAUAUUGUGGAUAUACGGGAAUAUAGGGAUUACGUCAAAAAAAAUCUGGAAAACGGUGACUUAAAAAAUCAGUUUGAGCUUUUACAACGUGGACAAACUCAGUCAUGGGAUUAUGGAUCAUUAGAAGCAAACAAAUCCAAAAAUAGAUAUGCGAAUCUAAAAGCCUAUGAUCACUCGAGAGUCAAGCUCCAGAAAAUUAAUAAUGAUAAAUAUUCUGAUUACAUAAAUGCCAACUAUAUCGAUGGUUAUAAAUCUCCAAAUGCAUAUAUAGCAACACAGGGACCCAAAUCAUCAACACUUAACGAUUUUUGGAGAAUGAUUUGGGAAGUUAAAGCCAAAAAUAUUUUAAUGCUUGCCAAUAUCUAUGAGGAUAAUAAGAAAAAAGUGGAAAAAUACUGGCCAGAUAUAAAUGAAUGUAAAUCGUUUGGAGAUAUCGAUGUAAGAUUUAUUUCAACAGAAGUCUUCGCAAAUUAUACCAUUAGAUAUUUCGAAAUAAACAUGAAAAACGAACAAAGAGAUGUAAAACAAAUACAUUUCACAGCAUGGCCAGACCAUGGAGUACCUUUGUAUCCCAGAAGUCUAAUUCCAAUUUUGGAAAUAAUGGCAAACAAUAAAGUUACUCCUAUGGUAGUUCAUUGCAGUGCUGGAGUGGGUAGAUCAGGUGCAGUGAUUCUCUGCGAUAUAUCCUUAAAAAUGGCACAGUUCGAGCACAAAGUUGAUAUACUAAAUUCUUUUGAAUAUCUCAGAUCAAGACGGCCAAACAUGGUGGACAACUAUGAACAAUACAAGCUGGUGCAUCUGGUCAUAUUGGAAUACAUUUUUGGGAAAAUUACUUCAUUGCCCUGCGAUAAUUUACUGGCUAAUAAUGUUUCCAAUAUUAUUCAGUUCGAAAUUGAUGACCAAUUAGAGUAUUUGGAAGAUGUAAAGUGGCAAGAUAGAGCCUUAAGAUCCAUUGUAGAAGAAGAAUACGAAAAUUUCGCUAUUUAUAUGAAUAAAAACAGAUUUAAUGAAAUUAUUCCAGAAAAUAGUGGUAAAAUUUACCUUUCCUAUAAUGCUCGGGAAGGUGAAACCUCGACAUACAUUAACGCUGUUUAUGUGGACGGCUUUAAUGACCAAAACAAAUUUAUAGCAACCCAACAACCGAUGCCCAAUACUGUCGGUGAUUUUUGGCGCAUGGUUUUGGAAACUGAAUCCUCUCUUAUUAUAUCCCUGAACGAAGUGGACUUAAACGAUAAGACCUGUGGAAUAUUUUGGCCUGCUCAGAAUACAAAACUCCACCCGACAGAUAAUAUAACAGUCUUUCAUGAAAAAUCAGAAAGUUAUCCACUUUUCGACCUGAUACACGCCAAACUCAAAGUGGACGAAGAAAUGUUCAGCGUUAAAAUCGUACUACAUAAGAAUUGGAAAUCAAACAAAGUUCUCCCAAUGACUGUAACGAAUUUUUUGAGUUUUUUGCAGGAAACAGAUACGUUGGUUCAGAAAUCUAAUCCUAUAAUUGUAACUUGCUAUAACGGAGCUACAGCUUGUGGUUUAUAUAUUUCUCUGACUUUUAUUAUCGAAAAAAUUAAACUGGAACAAGAAUGUGACGUAUGCCAAGCCGUGCGAUACGUUCGACAAAACAGACGGGAGUUUAUUAACAAGGUACAAUUUAAGUUUCUUUACAACGCGGCCGUCGAAUAUAUCAAAAGUUUUGAAACCUAUUCAAACUUUGCUUAAGUUUUAAUU